UGAAUUGAUGGUUACAAGCGAUGGAAGUAUUGGUACGUUAGGCCAGUAUCAACAACAGGUAGCUUUCUGGAAGGGUGUUUGUGAUGGGUGGGUGCCAUGAAAUUAAUCCUCAUCAUACUCUUCCUUUGUGCUUCCAUUGCACUGCUGUUCUUAGGUAAAGCUCAUUUCUCUAUGAACCUACAUGAUUCUUCGGUAUGGACAGAGUUUAAUGGGGACAACCCGGAUAUUGGUACUUUUGACGCUUGUGCUCGCAUUACCAAGAAGCACGAUGACAAGUAUGUCUCCUUUGUUGAUACAUCGAUUAAGGUCACCAUUGAUGCAGAAGGGAAGUUCCAGACAUUUGAGAAGGCCAUUACGGUUGUGGGCACCAGCAUGAAAUCAUUGGAAGAAAAUAAAACAAAGGAAAUUGACCUGGACUCCUAUCUGUGUGGUCCAUCUGAUUCUGCAAACCCAGGCCGCAACUACAAGAUUGGCCAGAGCUUCUCCAUCUGCGUUGGUCCUACUGAGGCAGAGAAGAAAAACUAUGACUAUAUUGCCGUGGUUGGAUUUAAAGAGGUUACAUGUGCCGAGACAAUCAAGGUGGUGGAAGAAGGACAGGCGAAAGCACUGACAACCGUCACUAAUCCCGAAGGUUACAAGAGGGCCGGUGAAGUCACUGUUGGAACGGGCUUUUCGUCUUUUGAAACCGUUGUGACUCCCGAGUAUCAUACUGGACUUAUUGCACCCAAUCAAUCUUCGGUCAGGUGCUCAGGCACGGUGGAGCUGAGCUUCACCAAACCAUUAAAGUUUACGCAGGUGGGAUGCACAGAGGACGUCUCUCUUGGAAGAACUGAUUACGACACCAAAGCUGAUGGGGCCGAACCUGAUGUGCAAACGUGCAAUGAUCACUGCCAUACCAACGGAUAUACGAACUUCAUACUCGUUUGCCCCCACACAAGUUUUAAGUCUGGGAAUAAAAGAAUGAGCUGCUCCUGCACCAAUAAUAACUUCAGAGACGGAGUUGACUGUGAGAUGCGUGGUCUUUCAAAGGCUUACCAAUGUGACUUGUCUCUAGUCAGCAGUGACUAUAUGUUUGGAGUCGGCAAUUCAGUAGAAAUCGACGGCACAGAGCAUUCGUUAGAAUCCCCAGUCUACAAAGUGGUGCCCCCACAGCGCCGUUUGACCGCCAGCUUCUCAACCAACAGUGGCGAUCUCUUGCAGCGCCACCUCCAAGAAAGCGGCAAGGAGGUGGACACCAGCGGCUCCUUCGGAACCGAGGUUCUUCUUUCACGAGAGGACAAUGUGGAUGCUGCCUUUGGCGAUCUUGCGGCUCCGGCAGCUGACACCGGAGCAGUGCCAAGCACCGCAAUAGCAACUGCCGCUGGUGCCGUUGUUGUUGCCGCUGCUUCCCUGGUCUGAGCAGACAACAAGCUUGAAGCGACACCAAUAUUACACAAGAGAGAAAAAAAACUGCAUAUUCCCAU